AUGGCAGAUCGUUCUAUAAAGUAUCCCUUGGGUAUUUUGGAGGAUGUUCCUGUCCGGGUGGGGAAAUUCUACAUUCCUGUUGAUUUUGUAGUGCUAGAUAUAGAGGAGGAUAGUCAAAUUCCAAUAAUUUUGGGUAGGCCAUUUUUAUGUACUGCAAGUGCUGUUAUUGAUGUCAAGUCUGGGUCUCUUACUUUGAGUGUUGGUGAUGAUACUGUUACUUUUAAUCUAACCAAUGCUGUGAAGUCUCCUAUGCUUGAGAAUACUUGUUUCAGGAUUGACAUUGUAGAAGAGAUUUCUCUAGACAACAUCCCUAAGAUGUUGUAUGAUGAUCUAUUGCUGGCGACUCUCACCUUGGAGGCCCGAAAAGGAGAAGGAGAUUGUGAGAUUGAUUCCUUGAUCUCGGGUUUAGAUGGAAGUGAAGCUGAGAAGGUCGAUGGUUUUGAGGUAUUAGAAACUAUUUGCUCUAUUUCCGAGCCACAGGUAACGAAGGUAGAACUAAAACCAUUACCAUCUCACCUUAAAUAUGCAUUUCUUGAUGAUAAUAAGGAUUUUCCUGUGAUCGUUAAUGCUGCACUCGAUGAUAGCCAGCUUUCUAAGCUUCUGACCGUGCUCCGUAUGAAGAAAAAGGCAAUCGGGUAUAGCAUUGAUGAUCUCAAGGGCAUUAGUCCUGACUUUUGUAUGCAUAGAAUUAAUUUGGAAGCAGAUCACCGCCCUCGCAUCCAGCCACAACGUCGUUUGAAUCUUAAUAUGCAAGAUGUGGUGAGAAAAGAGGUAGUGAAACUACUUGACACGGGCAUCAUCUAUCCCAUUUCAGAUUCUAAAUGGGUGAGCCCGGUGCACGUCGUUCCCAAGAAGGGGGGGACAACGGUUGUUAAGAAUGAUAAGGAUGAGCUUAUCCCCACUCGUGUUGUUACAGACGACCAGGAGAAGACGACGUUCACUUGUCCUUAUGGAACUUUUGCAUACCGCAGAAUGCCGUUUGGUUUGUGCAACGCCCCUGCUACAUUUCAAAGGUGUAUGAUGGCCAUUUUUACUGACUUCAUCGAGGAUAUCAUGGAGGUAUUUAUGGAUGAUUUUGGUGUUUAUGGUUCUGGCUUUGAUGUAUGUUUGCAUAAUCUCUCUAAAGUGCUUAAACGUUGUUCUGAAGUGAAUUUGGUAUUGAACUGGGAAAAGUGCCACUUUAUGGUGAAUUAA